AGGAAACCGCCGCGCCGAGCAGCAUCUCUCCACGCUCCCUGACACCUCCUCUUCGCCGCCCCAGACCUGGACGUCGGCCUCGCAGAUCCACAGGCGGACCCACAUCCCCCUUCCCAUCGUCUUCAAGAGACACCAACCCCCAGAGGCACCCCUCCAGCCCUUGCGGCCAACGCUCGGCCGCACCCGCGCCCUGAGGCUGCCGCACGCGGCAGCACCAAGCAUCCUUGCCGAAGGUCCUUUCUUCUCCCUGCUCCUCUGCCGCGCCCUCCAUCGCACCUGCGGGCCCUCUUUGCCCCUGUCACCCAGAAUCGCCAAAGCCCCAGAUCCCGCCGGCCCCUCUUUAGCCAAGUCGCGUUUCCCGGUCCCCGCGCACUUCCAAGAGCCCGGUGUCCCCCGUUGCCAUGAGCUCCCCCAUCGGCAAGAGCCGCUCCCUUGUCGCCUUCCUCCAGCAGCUGCGCCACCUGGGGCAGCCACCCAGACCCGUGACGUCCGCGGCGUGCGCACCCCCUGGGCCGCGGGAGGUGCCCCUCUGCCCGCUGAUGGAACCCGGCGAGGCGCAGGACGCGGCCGCCCUGCCGGGCCCCACCAACUGGCCGCUGCUGGGCAGCCUGCCGGAGAUUCUCUGGAAGGGGGGCCUCAAGAAACAGCACGACACGCUGGCGGAGUACCAUAGGAAGUACGGCAAGAUCUUCCGCAUGAAGUUGGGUUCCUUCGACUCGGUGCACCUGGGCUCGCCGUGCCUGCUGGAAGCGCUGUACCGCACGGAGAGCGCGUACCCGCAGCGGCUGGAGAUCAAGCCCUGGAAGGCCUAUCGCGACUAUCGCAAGGAGGGCUACGGGCUGCUGAUCCUGGAAGGAGAAGACUGGCAGAGGGUCCGGAGUGCUUUUCAGAAAAAACUCAUGAAACCAGUAGAAAUUAUGAAGCUGGACAACAAAAUCAAUGAGGUGUUGGCUGAUUUUAUGGGUAGAAUAGAUGAGCUCUGUGAUGAGAGGGGCCACAUUGAAGACUUAUACAGUGAAUUGAACAAAUGGUCAUUUGAAAGCAUCUGCCUUGUGCUUUAUGAGAAGAGGUUUGGACUCCUCCAGAAGGAUGCAGGGGAUGAAGCUUUGAACUUCAUCAUGGCCGUCAAAACAAUGAUGAGCACGUUUGGAAGGAUGAUGGUGACCCCAGUCGAGCUGCACAAGAGCCUCAAUACCAAGGUGUGGCAGGCCCACACGCUGGCCUGGGACACCAUUUUCAAAUCAGUCAAAUCUUGUGUCGACAAUCGCUUAGAGAAACAUUCUGAGCAGCCCAGCGCAGAUUUCCUCUGUGAUAUUUAUCACCAUAAUGAGCUGUCCAAGAAAGAAUUGUAUGCAGCAGUCACAGAGCUCCAGCUGGCCGCCGUAGAAACGACAGCAAACAGCUUAAUGUGGAUUCUCUACAAUUUAUCCCGUAACCCCCAUGUGCAGCAAAAGCUUCUUAAGGAAAUUCGGAGUGUAUUGCCUGAAAAUCAGAUGCAACGGGCAGAGGAUUUGAGGAAUAUGCCGUAUUUAAAAGCCUGUUUGAAAGAAUCUAUGAGACUCACCCCAAGUGUGCCGUUCACAACUCGGACGCUUGACAAGGCAACGGUUCUGGGUGAAUACACUUUACCCAAAGGAACAGUGUUGAUGCUAAAUACCCAGGUGUUGGGAUCCAACGAAGAAAAUUUUAAAGAUUCAAGCCAGUUUAGGCCGGAACGUUGGCUUCUUCAGGAGAAGAAAAAGAUUCAUCCUUUUGCGCAUCUCCCAUUUGGUGUUGGGAAAAGAAUGUGCAUCGGUCGCCGACUAGCUGAGCUCCAGCUCCAUUUGGCUCUCUGCUGGAUCGUCCGCAAAUACGACAUCGUGGCCACGGACAACGAGCCGGUGCAGAUGCUACAUCUUGGCAUCCUGGUGCCCAGCCGGGAGCUCCCCAUCGCCUUCCACCAGCGCUAAGAGCCUCAGAUUUUUUUUUUUUAACCAUGACCAAGAACAGCAAUGUUUACCCUCGCACAAGAAUGGUGCUUAUGACUUCUACAUUCCUGGAAAGCUAACUUCAAUCACCAGAGCAUCAAAUAGCAC